GCACACACGUAUUGGAUAAACAAGUACAGCUGGGGGCGGGAGCAACAGGGCGGGCAAAAAAACACAGGUUGCCAAAGCAAAGCAAAGCAAAGCAGCAUUGCCCAGCCAUGGAUACGGGCCAUAAUGAAGAAGUUCAGAAGGAAGUUGAUUAGCUCAGUAAAGUGAGCCAAUCAGGAGCCGAAGGGGGUCUAGCUCAAAUGGGAGAGCGCUCGCUUAGCAUGCGAGAGGCACUGGGAUCGAUACCCAGGUCCUCCACACUUUUGCCGCUUCUUUUUCUUGUUGCGUGCUGUGGUGAUGGUGGGCCUCAUUGGGUGCUGUGAAAUAAUAACAAAAACACUAAUCUUUUUCGAAUGGCUCUUCUUUUUUUGCAGAGGCAAAAAAAUAAGGAACGACCUGGUGGAUCCAGAUGCGGGCUGGCCAUCGUUGCAAUGCCUGCCACUGUGUUUUUCAAAGCUGUUUCUUGUCUAUCCCACUCUUGUUUCUUUGUUGUUUUAUUGCUUGGCACUUGCUGACCGACAUUUUCUUUUUCUAUUGUGGAUAUUGUAUUUACAAUAAACUGCAUUUAUUUUACUUGUGUAUUGUCA